AUGCCAACUAUCAACGAUAUCUCUGUUCAUAUUGUAUGCGGAGACUCUCGACUCCAGGAAUACUCCGUCGAGCGGCACGAUCCCUCAAGUAAUCCGAUACAACGGUUCAGAUCAUGUUGGAUUGCUAGUGAGGCGAACAAGAGCUUCCGUGUAAACUGUGUGUGGAAAACUCGCACUACCUAUGCGUGGGCAAUAGUCUUGCGAUGUGAUGGAGUAAUCGUCAAUUCUGUGGUGAUGAAAAAGGAGACGACCGCAUACACGUUCGAUGGAGCAUUGGUUGCUGACGAAGUUCGAGCACUGUUAUUCACAGCAAUCACACUGACAGACGACCAAGAAGCUGCUCAGAGUCGACUCAACCCGCAUCUUGGAACUAUAUCAGUUGACUUUUGGCGCAUCAAGUCUGAAUGGACCUUGGCCGAUAAGAUAGUCAAGUUUGGUUCUGAAUUGAGCAAUGAAGACGUUCAUGAGGGAACGAAGACACUUGGGGGACAUCGCACUAAGCUUGGAGAAAUACUUAGGGAGAUUGCAAGAGAUCGAAAGGCCAUUCCAGAUUACAUGGAUAAACAGCCGUUUGCGCAAUUUCAUUUUCGCUAUCGUCCCAGAGAUAUUUUGCAGGCUACGGGGCAUAUCGAAGCCUCUCCAGUCCCAUCCCUGCUCGGAGUGAAGAGUAGCGCGCCAGAGGACAUCUCUGAGGAAGAGGACGGAGGUGCCGAAUCCGACGAAGAGGAGGAGAUUGCUGCGAGGAUUGCAGCGCUGAAUCAACGUAUCGAGACUCUGAAGCAACGCAAGCGCGUGAAGAUGGAAGAGCUGCCUCCUUUUGUAUAA